UUUUGCGCAUGCUCAGUAGAUUCUAAUUGAGCUUAAAAAGCAGAUACAUGUGUACCCUAAUUCAGAGCUACUGAGUGAAAGAUGGCUAAGUCUAAGUAUUUGUAUUAUGGUUGGAAAAGAAAACUAGCUAUUCUCUUCUACUUGCUGUUAUUGCUAACCUUGCUGGUGAGUAUUGAGCGACUAGUGUUUGACGUGUUUGGACAGAUGUGGGGGACAAUGCUGGUCAAUGGCAUGAACCUCAUCUGCACUAUAACUGGACUAUUGGGAACCUGUAUCAAGGAAAAAAUUGCAAUGGCAGUGUACAUUGUCUGGAAUAUCAUUUCAAUUGGACUAAACAUUGUCAUAGUGCUUAUCUAUCAGGACAUUGGACUGUUAGCACAGAAUGAGGACAUUCUUGGUUUGAAACUGGGAAAUGACAACUGGUGGAGGACUAAUGGACCUGGUUGCAGUGUUAACACUACAAUGCCUGCUAACGACACAUUGGUAGCUAGUGAAGAGUCAAGGAUCUGUGUUCUCACAUAUGUGACAAUUGAGACCAUUCAUGCUGCAGUGUACAUGUUUCUUGCUGUGGUUGCAAUACUAUUCCUUCUGCCACUACUUUGUUCCAGGGAGGAGACACAUGAUCAACAGCAGACAGUGAAUAAUGAUGACGAGGAAGACUUCAGCUAUGUGAACGUUGAUCAGUGGUACGACAACCCCAAUCGCCAAUCGCAGUGCCCCCAUGGAACAAACAUAACAACAGUUUCAUAAUUAUUUUGUCUGAACUGAGCACUGUAAUUUGUCUGUGUACUAAAAUCUAUCAUUCUACAUUAUAUAAAAUCAGAGCGUAUUA